GAGUGACCAUUGCUGCACAAACAGUUGAAACUGUCAAGCUUUGCUGGGACUUGGUGCUUCCCUCUGUGAGAGAAGGAUUUCAGGAUAUUGGUGCUGGUAGCACUGGGAACGUAUGAGCCGCCACUCUUCUCUCAGGAAGCGCAUCCAUCUCCUCAAGUCACGGAGGCCCAGCAUGAACAUUAACUGUGCUGGGGGGACAGACUGGUCAAGAAAUCCAGAGUCAAGAUGUUCUGUGGAAAACAUAACUGUAGCAGUCCAUGAGUCAGAAGGAAGUCGUGUGCUAGAAGGUCACAGCCCUGCUGCAGUUCCCAGGACAGAGGACUCUGAAUGCCGACGCUCUGCUUGCCUGCUGAGUCCCCAGAUCGGUAGUGUGUUGUCUGCUCCUGAAGACACCCACAGCUGUCACUUCCCAGAGGGAAGUAAGAGACAGGCAGAAUAUUUUAACAGCCAGGAACGCCACGGGUGCUGCACCUCGUCCUCCAGCAUCAGUUCCCAAACUCCAGAGAAAGUCACCCUUGUGGUAGAUGGCACUCGCUUUGCAGUGAAUCCACAGAUUUUCACUGCUCACCCUGACACCAUGCUGGGGAGAAUGUUUGGACCAGGAAGAGAGUAUAAUUUCACCAGGCCAAAUGAGAAGGGAGAAUAUGAAAUUGCUGAAGGCAUCAGCUCAGCUGUGUUCCGGACUGUGCUGGAUUAUUACAAAACUGGAGUCAUAAACUGCCCUGAUGGGAUUUCCAUCCCAGACCUUCGAGACACCUGUGAUUACCUCUGCAUAAACUUUGAUUUCAACACCAUCAAAUGUCAAGAUUUAAGUGCUCUAUUACAUGAGCUCUCCAACGAUGGUGCUCACAAGCAGUUUGACAGCUACCUGGAGGAGCUGAUCCUGCCUAUCAUGGUGGACAGUGCCAGGAAGGGGGAGAGGGAAUGCCACAUUGUGGUGCUAACAGAUGAGGACACCGUGGACUGGGAUGAAGAUCACCCACCUCCCAUGGGAGAGGAGUACUCCCAAAUCCUUUACAGUUCCAAGCUCUACAGAUUCUUCAAGUACAUUGAGAACCGGGAUGUGGCAAAAGCCGUUUUGAAGGAACGGGGCCUGAAAAACAUCCGCAUUGGCAUCGAGGGGUACCCCACCUGUAAGGAGAAGGUGAAGAGGAGGCCUGGUGGCCGCUCAGAAGUGAUCUACAACUACGUUCAGCGCCCCUUCAUCCAGAUGUCCUGGGAAAAGGAAGAAGGCAAAAGCCGUCACGUUGAUUUCCAGUGUGUCCGGAGCAAAUCUCUAACAAACCUGGUCACUGUGGGUGAUGAUGUUUCAGAGGACCAUGAGGUGAUGAUGCAUCACCCCCCCCAAGUAGAUGAACUCGACAGGCUCAACGCUCCGUUCUCCCAGAUGGCUGUGAACGAUCUCCCGGAUUAGUGGUGGCUCAGGGUGGAUAGUCCUGCUUGAUGUGGGGACAUCUCAGCCUAGUUUCAUCCCAAGGGAUGGAACCCAAGACUCCUGCAAGGUGCUUUCUCCUCGUUCAUGCUCUUAACUACCUUGUCAUCUUCCAAGCAUGUUAAUAAAGAGCCACGUUUCAUAGUCUAAUCGUGCAAUCCAAAGCAACAUCACCUCAAACAGAAAGAAAUGAGGCUGUUUGUUUCUACUACAAAGGCUUCCAGAGUGAUGGGUGCUGAAUAUUUUACUUCUAAAAGAGGAGCAGAAGUAUUUAGAAACAUCUUGUUUGACAAGAGAGAGGAAAAUCUGGGCCUGUCAAGAACAAAGCUUUCCUUUACCAUGAGGUAAUUAGCUUUGCUUUUGGGAUAAUCAGUUACAAAGGACCCCACAUGAAAGCAGGACAGAUGAUCCUCUUUCAUCAGCCAGCAGAAAUGUAGCACAAGUUGGGAGAGCAAAAGACUGAGUGUGGAGGAAUGACAGCAGAACCCUGAGUGUGGAGGACUGUUUGCAGUGCCACCUGGCUUUGCAUCCAGCGUGUUGCACUGCUGGUCUAGGGAAAGGGAAAGGAGUUGAAGAGGAAGCAUGUAUUCCUGCUCCCAGGAAUUUCCCUUCUAGACUUCUCCUUAAAAUGGAAUAGCUGUUUUGAGGGAUGUUGUCUGUUCAGUUCAGUCAAACCAGUAGAUGAUGCUGAAGGGAAAAGCCAAAAGGAAAAUAUUGUACUUGAUGUUCUACCAACAAAGUAAAUCUGUUUAGUAGCCUAAUAGUUGUCAGAAGCUUUCUAGAGGUGACUGUGCAUGCUGAAGACUUUCAGUUGUCUGCUCCAUCCUCCUGUUAAGAUGAAAAAACCCCAGGGGAGGAGCCCCCAGUACAGACAGUUUGCUGCCUGUGUAAAACCCUUGGUCUCAUCAACCUUAGAAUUUCUGUAGACUUUCCAAGGAGCACUCUGCUGUUGCAGCUUUCAAAGGCCAGCUCCUUUCCUGCCCAGUUUGGAACUGACUGGACCUUUUUGCUGUCAGGCAGGUAAGAAAUACUGAUAGGAAAGCAGUUUUUAGUAAAGAAAAAUAGAUGUACCUAGGAACAACUCUCCUUUGCUGCUCUGAAUAUGUAUUAUCCUAGUCUUUGGUUAAGGCUCUGUGCAUUUUGGAUUCAGGGCCAACAAAGACACACUCCAGGCUGGUUUAGCUUGGUUAGGACCGUCUAGGCUCUGAUAGGUAACUGCUCCUGCUGUGUGGAGGUCCCUAGGCUGAAUUAACACCCUAGUUAAUCAAGGGUUAACUUUUAAGUUCAGUACUGCACAACCCACCUGCUAGAUGGACCAGAAGGGACCUUCCUUACCAACCCAGCCUUCCUGAUGGCUGUGGAGAGGUUUUAUGUACCCAAAGUGGAGUCCUUCAACAUGGUGCUGGUGCAAAGAAAAGCUGAAGCCCUUUCAAAGAGAGAGAAAGAGCUCCUUUGCAAAGUCAAGUUCAGGUCAGUUGUGCUUUUCCAGGUGACUGCUGUUGAAACCUGUCCCAUUUGCACACUGAGUUACCUGGUCACACUGGGCAAAACAGAGGUAGGUUUCAGUGAGUAGGUUUUCCAGGUUUAAUCCUGGUUGUCAGGGUUGUCAAGCAGUUUUUUAAUCUUCUCCAACCCUCUGCAAAGUGUGUGGCAGCCUUAGCACUGAAGAGACUUGUUACUGUUUGCUGCUAAGGAUGGUUGUUUUUUCCAGUGUAAGGAACAGGACAAUAUCAAGCAGACUUUUUCCUGAAGGUUUAUGAGUCAUUUUUAGUGAAGAGUAACAGACUCUCUGCCAAGGCACAUACUUGCUGAUAUAUUUAGUUCCCAUUUGUAUGGGUACAGGUUCCAUUCUUUGCAGUGUUUCUGUUCUUAGCUUCUUUCCUAAGUGCAGCAAAUAGGUUUCUUCUUUUUUAAGUGCCUAUGGGAAGAUUUCCAGAAGCUCUUUGGGGCCUCCUGAGAGUCCCAGGGGUUCAGCUGCUCAGGUCCACCUGCCAGCUUUGGAAAAAUCCUCCCUGUAUGUCAUUGGAUCAUAGAAGUAUCCUUCAGUAUCUGCACAGAGGUGGGGUGCAGUCACUGUCUAUUGCUGCUCUAGAGGAAUUUCUAUUUUUGUAGCAGAGAAAGGAAGACACAGACCAUUAACCUCCCAGUUAAGGGCCAGACCCAACCCAUGGCCUGCCUUGGUAAAGAGCUGUGCCCCCAUGUCAAGCAAAGACACUGGUGACACUGUCCACCCAGCAGUGAUGGAGCUUUUUAUCCAAUGAUGGACACUUUUUUUUUGGUGUGGAUUUAUUUUUACAGCAGUCUAAGUUGUGUCUUGGACUUACAGGUGUGUGGUGAGUGCUGCCCUGCAGGACAGUGUCAAGGCAGGAGAUGCCCAGUGUCACAUCCACAGCUCCAUACAGGGGGUGACAGCUAAAUACCAUCUUCAGCCACACCAAACCCCACCAGUGUCUGGCCCUGAGCCCAGUGUCAGCCAGGCUGCUUGAAGGAUUCAACCAGCUGAUUAGAAAUAGUAACCCCAGGCACUUAACUGCAGCUGCCCCUUGCCUGAGGGUUAAAGACCAUCAAUGUCUUGGGAGAAGCUUCUAGGGUUAAAGACCAUCAAAACCUUGGAGGAGCUUCUAGGGUUAAAGACCAUCAGUAUCUUGGGAGGAGCUUCUAGGGUUAAAGACCACCCAUACCUUGGAGGAGCUUGUUGAUACUCGUCUCAUCAAUUUGGACCUUCAACAUGGGGUGCAGGGAUCCAGCCUCUGUGAUUUCCAGGCAGAUUUUACUACUCCAAAAAGUCCCUGUACUCAAUUGGCUUUCCCAGGUAAUUAGAGGUGAAUUUUGGAUUUUGUUGGUUUUAGUAGAGUGAGUUCCCUUGGGACACUAAACCAAACUGAAAAAGCCUGUUUGCUUUUCCUCCUCUCUUGGUCACCUACUGUCCAGGUACAAGGUCAAGUUUUGUUUUGUUCUGCAUCUCCUGAAAUGUUCCCUGUGGUGUGUAUGAGCUACAGAUGUACUGUUUCUUUUCUGGAUUAAAGUAUAAAUUAUAUGCA